AUGGAGAACAGAGACUUACCCGAUGCCCAGAUAACAGCUUCAAGCGAGUACGACGCCACACAUGGCCCGUCCAAUGGCAGACUCAAUUUCAAGGCUGGAGGAGGUAAGACUGGCGCAUGGUCUGCCAAAACAAAUGACGUUCAUCAGUGGCUACAAGUGGAUCUUGGGCAAGAAAUGGUAGUGCAGGCGAUACAAAGUCAAGGAAGACAAGACCGUUAUCAGUGGGUCAAAAGCUAUACUGUUUCCUACAGUAAUGACGGGAUUACCUUCACAGCGUAUGGCCAAAACAGGGUAUGUAGAGAACACUGUAAAAAGUGCCGUAAAACCUGCAAAGGAAAUAGGUAUUUGUAUGGUUUAAGCAAAUUCAAAAAGCUUCAAACUGUACCAAUAUUUAACUUUUCAGACCUAAAACAACCAACAUGCAAUCACCCCAAAAAAACUGAUUAACAUUUAAGGGUAGCCGUUUCCUCUUUAAGAGUGGAAAACAGAAGUCUUUUUUUUAUCACGGAGUCAGCUUUGAAAAGCAAUCGGUUCGUAAGUCAACAGAAAGUGUAGCUCAUUUGCUGAUAAUGCAGUCGAUAACAAUAUUGAAAAAGAUGAUAAACAAUGUGCUUUUAUUCCAUUUAUGCAGGUCUUUCGGGCAAACAGAGAUCAAAACUCCGUGGUUUUAGGCCUGUUUUCACCAUCCAUCAAGGCAAGGUAUAUUCGUCUACAUCCUCAAACGUGGAAUGUCCAUAUUUCCAUGCGGAUUGAGCUCUUGGGUUGUCCAAUAGGUAAUAAUUAUUGUCUUUACAACUAA